AUGUGCAGGUUUGAGGGCCCCUACCCUAAGUGGGACCUCGUGUAUGCCCCCAUGCUGCUGGGCCUGCUGGUGCUGCUGGUGGCAGUGCUGCUAUCGACCGUGAUUGCAGUGUUGGUUCGGAAGAAGAGGAGUUUAGAAGCGGAUGUGAAGGAGAUUCAGGUGUGCACAGCCAUCUUGGAGAGAGCUGAGCGGUCCAAGAGUGAGGCGGUGGCCAGCACGUCGCAUGAGCUGCGCACCCCAAUCAUUGGCAUGAUGGGCAUGAUCGAUGAGCUGUUGGAUUCGCCAUUGGAGGAGUGGCAGCAUGAGGACCUGCGGGUGGCGAGGGCGUGUGCGGGCGAGACGGUGGAGCUCAUCAACCGAGUGUUGGACCUCGCCAAGCUGCAGGCCGGCAGGCUGCAGCUCGAGACUCUCCCUUGCUGCCUGCGCCGCAUCGUUCGCGGGGCAACUGCAACAGCUGUCAAUUCGGGGAGGAAUCUGCAAGCCAGUGCCAUGAACAACACGGUAACGGGCCACAUAACCAUCCGCCUCUGGUGCAUCCCUCCUCCCCAUGCCGCCACCACGCCUCCUCCUUCAGCUGCUGCUGCCACGGCCUCCACCCAAACCUCCUCGGAGGUGCCCCUAGCCUCCUCAGAGUGGCAUCAGCUGGCCGGCUGUGUGCGGCGCUUCCCUCCACCCACCCGCCUGCUCUGCCUUCCCCAGCGCCACCCAGCCAGCCAGCCCGUGGGCAACGGGACUGGCCAGGCGUGUGGGCAGGGGUGCAGCAGAGACGGCAUGGGCAGUGCAGAGGAGGGGCAGGGUGGUGAUGAGCGGUUGGAGGAGGAGGUGAGGGAGUGGGUGGAGGGAGCGUGUGUGGUGAGGGAGGAGGGCGAGUGGAUGGUGGUGGUGGCGUGUGAAGACACGGGCGGUGGUAUUCCACCCGAGCAGCUGUGGGGGUUGCUGGACCCACAUGGCCUCGCUUGUCCCCCGCCGCACGACAUGCACAGCAACGGGCCUCCAAGAGUCAUGGUCAGUGUCUGGUUUGUUACUUCAGGUUCGCAUUGUUGUACAAAUUAA